UGGAUGAUGUAGUAGAUGAAAGUGAUGAUAAUGAUGAUGCUGAAACAGAAUCAGAAAUUGAAACCGAAAAUGCUGAUGACAGGGACCAACAUUUUAAGGAAUGUGACUUAGUUUCCAAGGAACCAAAGCCUUUUGUACCUGAUACAAGUCCCGGUGGACCUAUUGUUGUUCCUACAGCAGGAGAGGAGCACUCUGGUGAAGCAAACCAGUCAACAAAAGGAGUUGCUCUGGAGAGCAAUCCAUUAUUAACAGAGGAAUACAAUAAAAGGCCAGCCUUUCUGGAACUACCAAAGAAAGAUAGUAUCAGAGACAGUAGUUUACAUCAGCAAAAUGAUCAAAGAAACCUGCUUCCAGCAUGUCAGUGUCUAAGCCAAGAAAUUGUGAACGGCUUGGACAGACUCAGUCUGCAGAACAGUGGAAAAAAUGAUCAGUAUUAUGAUACAGGAUGUGUAAUUAAGAAGGAAAGUAAAACUAGUCUUACCAUGCUUGCUUGUAGUAAACCUUGUGAACAUGCUUCACCCUGUGGAAGUAGCCUCUUUGAAGGAUCAUCUGUCCAGCUGGGAAAACUCUGCUGCACUGGAGUGGACUCGGAGGAGGAGGAUUCCAGAUCUAGUUCUUCAGGGGAACAAGUCACGCGCCAGGUUUCUGAUGUGUCACCAGUUCAUGACUGUGAUCUUUACAUUGAAAUGGUAAAAACCACAAAGUCUAUUCCUGAAUAUUCAGAAGUGGCCUAUCCAGAUUAUUUUGGCCAUAUUCCACCCCCAUUUAAGGAGCCCAUUCUGGAAAGACCAUAUGGAGUGCAGAGGACAAAAAUAUCUCAAGAUAUUGAGAGAUUGAUUUAUCAAAAUGACAUUAUAGACAGAGUUGUAUAUGAUCUUGAUAAUUCCUGUUGUUCAGCACCAGAGAAAGCAGGUGUUUUGAAGUUUAAUUCCAAGUUUGAAUCUGGAAACCUGCGCAAAGUUAUUCAGAUCAGAAAGUAAGAUACUUCAACUCUUCUUUUCA